AUGGGAGCUGUCAAAUCACCAGCUGUAGAGCUCCGAAGCCUCCUCAGUUUAUUGGUGAUGUUAGUGGAGGGGUGGCAUGAUUUAGAUAACAAAGACUAUGACUGUUGGCCCCUGGAAAAGCCAGAUGAGUAUAACAUGCUGGACUGCGGAGGACUGGAGAUGACAUGGGUACAAAGGCCUCCAGAAAAGGCUGUGAGUGGAGAAUCCUUCAACGUCACCUAUUCAGUCUUUGCUUCAGACAGUUUUUAUCAGUAUGCUGUCCAAAAUGGAAUCCUUUCCCACAGCAAUGUUACUGCUGCAAAGGAAUUCUGUGAAGAGCAUGAAUGUCCUGUCAGAUGGAAGGAUGCAAAUGGGGACAACUGCUGUAUCCACCAUGCCAACAUUCAUUCCUGCCCUUUGGCCUUCAUGGCUAAAGGAGGAAUAUGUGGUCCAUGGAUUCCAGAUGAUGGUCAGAUAUUUACUCACACUUUGUCUACUGCUGGCAAAAUGAGCCAAAGAAACUGGACUGCCAAGGUUGUUUUAGUUCACGUGGGUGUGACUUCUCUCAUUGCACACAUCAGAGUUGGGAGACUCCAAGCUGCUCUGGAAGCAAAAACCACAGUCCUUCCUGCAGUAGUCUGUGGAGAUGGCUUUUGUGAGGAAGAAGAAGGCUGCUCUAUCUGUCCAGCAGACUGUGGGGAAUGCCCUCUUUCUCUUGAUGUUAGGAUAGCAAUUGCCUUACCAAUAUGUUUGGUCUGCACUGGCUUUAUUUUGACAGUCGUUUGGUUUCAAUAUCAAAAGCAAAAGAUGCUUUGGGAUGAAAGCUGGAUUAUAGACUUCACCAGCAUCAAACAAGGCAGUGAAAAAUUUAUCUUGUUAGGCCAAGUCUGUGAUGGUAGAACAGUGGCCAUAAAGAAAAUAAUGAAGAAGGCAUUUACACUGUCUAAAACCAUACGUAAAGAAGUAAAGCAAGUGAGGGAACUUGAUCAUCCCAAUCUCUGCAAAUUCAUUGGAGGUUGUAUAGAAGUUCCAAAUGUUGCCAUUGUCACAGAGUACUGCCCUAAAGGCAGCCUGAGUGAUGUGCUCCUCAAUGAAGAUAUUCCUUUGAACUGGGGUUUCAGGUUUUCUUUUGCUACUGAUAUUGCUCAAGGAAUGGCUUAUCUCCACCACCACAAAAUGUAUCAUGGACGGUUGAAGUCUAAUAACUGUGUGGUAGAUGACCGGUGGGUUUGUAAAAUUGCAGAUUAUGGUUUGCAGUCAUACAGAAAAGAAGAUUCUCCUGAUGGAUCAAGUUCAUCCCAGCAGCAUUUGAUUUACACAGCUCCUGAAAUACAUACUCUUUCAGAUUUUGAACCCAAUUCUAUGUCAGAUGUCUACAGUUAUGCCAUAAUUUUACUAGAAAUUGCCACAAGGAGUGACCCUCUGAAAGAUGAUGUGCAUUCAGCUGAAUAUUCUUGGUGCCCACCUUUGGCAGAAUUAAUUUCAGGAAAGGCUGGGAAUUCUUGCCCAUGUCCCACAGAUUAUAUAGACUUAAUUGAAAGGUGCAGAAGAAAUAAUCCAUCCCAAAGGCCUACAUUUGAACAAGUCAAGAAAAUGUUGUACAAGAUGAAUCCUGUUAGCCCUGUUGACAUGAUGAUGACUCUGAUGGAGAAAUAUAACAAACAUCUGGAGAUACUGGUUGCUGAGAGAACCCAGGAUUUAAUGCAUGAAAAACAGAAGACUGAUCGUCUGUUGUAUAGUAUGUUGCCAAAACAAGUAGCAGAUGAUCUCAGGCAGGGAAAACCUGCCCAAGCUCAGAGUUACUCAAGUGCCACCAUCUUCUUCAGUGACAUUGUUGGCUUCACUGAGCUGUCCAGCAGCAGCACACCAUACCAAGUAGUAGAUCUCUUGAACAAGCUUUAUACCACUUUUGAUGAAAUCAUAGAUAACUAUGAUGUCUAUAAGGUGGAGACAAUAGGAGAUGCCUAUAUGGUGGUGUCAGGAGUACCCAAGGAGAAUGGGAUCCUUCAUGCUGGUGAGAUUGCAAGCAUGGCUUUAGACCUUCUGGAUGUCUGCAAGACUUUUAAGAUCCCUCACAAGCCCAGUACCCUCCUAAAGAUAAGAGCAGGAAUACAUUCAGGAGCAGUUGUAGCUGGAGUUGUUGGAACUAAAAUGCCAAGGUACUGUUUAUUUGGAGAUACUGUGAACACAGCUUCCAGGAUGGAAUCUACCAGUGAAGCUCUUAAAAUACAGUGCAGUUCAAGUGCAUACCAGCUGCUGGAGCAGAUUGGAGAGUAUGUGUUAGUAUACCGUGGGAAUUUACAAGUCAAGGGGAAAGGAGACAUGGUCACAUACUGGCUUGAAGGUAAGAAAGCCUCUGUCACCCAGCAGGCAGUCACCAGCACUCCUGGGACUCCUCAAGAUGCCAACAGACUUUCAUAUAGUCCGAUUCCAGGUGUUCUUCCUGGUGAUCCUCUCUGAAGUUCUGCUUCCUAGUCACUCAUUAACUCCAGUAUCCCUUCUGCUUUCAGUCUUUUAGGUCAUCCUGCUGAACUAGAAAAUUAGAAAAGAGAUAAUACACCCCUUUGGCCUUGUGAAUGUAUUAGCUCAGGCUCUAUUUACCGGUGUUCCUCCCAGCAGUGGCUCUG